AUGGCCACCACAACAAUACGGCUCAAGACACCGAAUAGUAGUGGGAUUGAGAAUGGAAUGCAGGUAGCAUGGAAUGUUUUGCAUCGCUCCCAAAUCUAUGGUGAUUAUUCGUCUGUCUCGAAUAUCCCGGGAAUAGGUGCCGACACUGUAUUUCUCCGCCAUGCGAUCGAUAGGUCGAGUCACGGCAAAGACUCGCCCUACCGCGCCGGGAGUCGAACAACCUGCAUCGCCAAGACCUCUAGAGCUUGGAUGCACUCAAGCAGUGCAGCGGAUCAUUCUCAGGCCCGUCCAGUCACCCCGCCACCUGAAGCGAAGCCGCGUACCGGUAGGUGCCUACUCGCUAUUCUAUUUGCGAGCACCCUGUACUCGAUGGCGUCGCGCCCGCCUGGAACGCUCCGCCGAUUAAUCUUCUGGUUGCAGGGUUCGCCGGUCGACGGGCAAGAAUCUUUCAAGAAGCCGCGCCGCUCCGAGCGUCUGUCGCAGCGCGCUGACACCGCCGCCGAUCAUGACGGUCUUAAAACCCCGGUGCAGAACCGCCACCACCUCCCCUCGCCAGUGACGCACCUUACGAACGAGAGCACCGCCGAGUUUGACAAGGAAACCACGGCUACGCCUCCUCAAGACCACACCGCCGAGGAGACCUUUUCGCAGGGACUGGCUUUCAGCUCCCCUCCGCAGGACACCCAAGCAUUUAGCCAACAGGACUUUGACCCCAAUGCCCCACUCGUCGAGGGGGUUGAUGAGAUCAAGGAAGGUGUCUGGGGCUAUCUCCUACCGCUUGACACUCGCUUCGUGCGAGCGCCCGUGGUGUUCAAGAAAAAAGGGGUGUGCCCGCCACCCUCAGCAACGGCUGAGUCUCCCGCUGCCGCGGUCACGAAAAACGGUAGCAAAAAGGGCCAAAAAGGGUCAACAAAAGAACAAGAGCAAAAGGGCGGCUCACCAGCCUCUGGGGGAUAUGUUCUUGGGCGGCACCCGGAAUGCGACAUCAGAGUCAACGACAGGCAAGUUUCGAACCGGCAUCUCUUGAUCUUCGCCGAGAAUAAACGCAACGACACGGUUGCCGUGCUGGAGGAUAUUUCGAGCAACGGCACCAAGGUCAAUGGUGCUACCAUGCAACGAAACGACCGGCGGGAACUACGGGAGGGUGACGAGAUCUGGGUCACCAGUGCCAGCGCGGGCUUCAUAUUUCGCUAUCCCAGAUGUCGGCACGGGAAACCCUUUGCUCAGCAGUACGCAAUGAAGCAGGAGCUAGGAAGCGGCCACUUUGCCCAGGUGUUCCUGUGCAACGAAAAGUCCACGGGCGACUGCUAUGCCGUCAAGAGAUUUACCAAGAAGCCAGACGUGGACGAGAAAGCCAAGUACGAUGGCCUGCACCAGGAAGUCGCCAUGCUUAUGGGCAUCAGCCACCCCAACAUCCUGUGCCUCAAGGAGACCUUCAACGAACCCGAGGCCGUCUAUGUGGUGUUGGAAUUGGCGCCCGAAGGGGAACUUUUCCAGUACAUUACGGAGCACAAGCAGUUGAGCGAGGCCGAAUGCCGCAAGGUGUUUCUCCAACUGUUCGAGGGCAUCAAAUAUCUGCAUGACCGCAAUAUGGUUCACCGGGAUAUCAAGCCCGAGAACAUCCUCUUGAUGGACAACGACUUGACCGUCAAGAUUGGCGAUUUCGGUCUUGCCAAGAUUGUCGGCGAGGCCUCUUUCACCACGACGCUCUGCGGCACGCCCAGCUAUGUGGCGCCCGAAAUCCUUGUUAACAACAAGUCCCGCAGGUACACCAAGGCAGUCGACAUCUGGUCUCUCGGCGUGGUGCUCUACAUUUGCCUCUGCGGCUUCCCCCCAUUUUCCGACGAGCUGAGGAGGCCCGAUUUCCCCUACGACCUGUCGGACCAGAUCCGGAGAGGGCUCUUUGACUAUCCCUCGCCAUACUGGGACCCUGUCGGCGACCCGGCUCUCGACCUCAUUGACAGCAUGCUGGUCGUGGACCCCGAAAAGCGCUUCACCGUCGACCAGUGCCUCGCGCAUCCUUGGCUCACGCAGAAGCCGCCCGGCGUUAACGACAGCACUAACGGUCUUGUCUCGGGCCUCGCCGGGCUGGAAAUGAGCCGCCGCGCCCCUUUUAGGGAACGUACGCUAAUCAGUUCCAUCAAUACGUACAGGGUGGCGGAGCGCGUCCCUGCCGGCGCGGGCAAACCCGACGUCAAGGUUUACGCGAAAAACACCAAGGGUCCGAUGGGGGCACCACCGACGCCUAAGAGGGAGAUGCGGCCGGACGACAAUCGCGACCCUAGCGAGUUUAUGGAGAUGGGUGGGAAGGGUGACCAAGAGUUGUUCGGCAACGAUGGGGGCAGCCGGUAUCCGACUAAGGACAUCGCCGGGACGGGGCCGGCGGGGACGGAGGGGAAGGUAAAGGGAAAGGGUAAGGCUAAAGGGGGACGCUAA